AUGGCGUCUAGCUGCGGGGACGGAGAGGGGACCGCGGAGGCCACAGCAUGGAGACUCAUCGGCCCGGCCCCGGAGCUCUCCAAGAAGCCCUGCCGUCUCAUGUACUCCCCUCUCGGCCGGGACUCUGACGUGGGCCUGUUCUGUGUGAAGGGGGAGUUCUUCGCCAUGGAUGCUCGCUGCUCACACGCCGGUGGUCCUCUGUGUGAGGGGGACAUCGAGGAGGCUGACGGGGUCCUGAAGGUUUUCUGUCCGUGGCAUGACUACGACUUUGACCUCAGGACAGGCAAGUCAGGGACCUCAUUACAGCAACAAGUGUAUGAAGUCAAACUAGAGGACGGCAACGUGUACGUGAAACACGCCAGUCGUCUCUCCCUGCUGCCUUUCCCCGCAGAUCCCAAAAGCUAA